GGCGAUGUAAAAUUUACCGUAUUUUUUUGUUUUUGUUUUACGAGUAGGAAGAAUUUACAACUAAAACCACAUUUUGAUGGCAACAAAUCAGCCACAGGCUGCCGCUGGGGCUUCUGGCAGUGCUACACAAGAACACAGUGUGAGAGUUCUGAAAGAUCAUAGGAAGAUUUAUAAGAUGAUGAAAUUUUCCUCAGGCAAUGAAUUGGACUUUGUAAAACUUAGCGAGACACCAGUCAGAAUGGAGAGAGAAAAUAACUUCAAAGAGUACAAAACAGCUAAUGAUAUAGAUCAGAUGCCUAAGUUUGGAGCUGGUAGUGAGUUUGGCAGAGAACAGAAAGAAAUAGCCAGAAAAAAGAAGUAUGGAAUCAUGAUGAAAAACUAUAACCCAAGUGAUCAGCCAUGGCUUUUAAAGAUUGGCAAAAAUAAAGAAAUGAAAAGAUAUAAAGGUGUGAGAGAAGGAACUAUAACAGAGAACACGUCAUAUUACAUAUUUACUCAAUGUUCUGAUGGAGCAUUUGAAGCUUUCCCUGUAGAAGAAUGGUAUAACUUUUCUCCAAUGAUAAGAUACAAAUACCUUAACUCAGAGGAAGCUGAAGAGGAGUUCAGCAGACGAGAUAAGACAUUGAAUUAUUUUUCCAUCAUGGUACGGAAGAGAUGCAGAAACGAUGAAGAUACUGAUAAAGUGGAUGAAGAGGAGAAGAAUCUCAAAGUGAAAACCUCGAAGAAAAGCAGUAAAGAUUUAGUGUUAACAGAUAUAGAUGAAUGGUUUGAUAUAUCAGAUGAUGAAGAUGAUGAUGACAAUGAUGAGGAAGAUGGCGAUGAAGAUUCUAAAAAGUCUAAAAAGGGUAAAAAGUUAGCAAAGAAAGUAAAGAAGAAGAGAACAGCUAAACAUAACUCUGAUGAUGAGGCUAUAGAGGAAAGUGAUGAGGGAGAUUACGAUGACAAAGAAGUUGACUAUAUAUCUGAUUCUGGAAGCUCCUCUGAAGAAGAAGGAGCUAAAAAGGAUAAAUAUGAAGAGAAAGGUGUUGAUGAAGAAAAAGGUCUUAGAAAAUUGAUUGGUUCUGAAGAUGAAGAAAGUGAUGAAGAAGAAAAGAAAGAAGAAAAUAAUGAAAAAGAAGAAAAAUCAAAGAAAGGUGAUGAGAGUGAAAGUAGCAGUUCUAGUUCAGGUGAAGAUUCUGAUAUAGAAAAAGACGAAGGUCUUGCAUCAGCAAUAUUUUUACAGCAAGAGGCUAAAAGAAAUUCACCAGUGCCGAGAUCUGAUACACCUAGCUCAAUGGAAACUGAAGAUAAGAAAUCAAUGAAGAGAAAACUAGAAGGAGAAGCAUCGUCAUCAAAGAAAAUGAGAACAGACAGUCCUAGUGUAGGAGGUUCAAAGGAAGGAAUUUCAGAAAGUGCAAUACGUCGAUACCUAAUGAGGAAACCUAUGACACCAAAGGAACUUGUUCAAAAAUUCAAGUCAAAGAAAUUGAAUAUAUCAAAAGAACAAAUGACAUCUACUAUAGCUCAGUUGUUGAAGAAAAUCAAUCCAGACAAAAAGAUUAUAAACAAAGCUAUGUAUCUGUCAUUAAAAUCUAACUGAAUAUACAGGAUGCAUAAAUUGUUAUUGUAUUGUUAUGUCUGAAUAUGGCAGCAUUUGGUGCAAUUGUCAUGGCUACAGAGGUUUAAUAAACAUCUUGGCUGACAUGAAAUGAUCCUCCUGAGAGAAGAAUGGCGAUAUAACCAUCAUACCGUAAUCAUACUAGACAAAACAAUGCUGUAUGAAAUAAUGGAUUUUAGAAAUACAUAUCAUGCACUGUUGUUCAAUUGAUUGUUAGAUUUAAAAACAUUUUUUUCCAGAUUUUUAAAGCCUGAAAUAUUUUCAAAUAUUUUUAUGACACUAAGGCAAAUAUAUACAGAAGUGAUUUCAUCUAUUUUAUGAAAUUUGCUUAAGAGUACAGAAACAUAAUAGUAUACAAUAAACACACUACUGUUAAUUCAUUUAUUUUUUUGGUACCAAUUUUCCUGGAUUGAGAAAACAUAGUAUUUUCCUGGAUAUUUAAAUUUGUGAUUUUGCAAAAAUCUGCAUGAAAGCCUAUAGAAAAUAUGUACUUCAAUGAACUUUUGUGGUUAACCUAUAUUAUGAAAUGCAGAAAAUUGAUAUCCCACGAAUAAUAAUGAAUCCACAGUAUGAUGCAUUAAUUUUGUAUGGAAAGGGAACAAUGAUUUGCUCUGUCAUAUUUUUGUUGAUAUUACUGAUGGAAAAAGCAUUUCAUAAUAUGCUCAUUUGUUUACUUUUAUAAAACUAAAUGCAUUUUAGAUAAUAAAAAAGUGAUAAAAAAAAUUAGCUGUAUUAUUUGUAUCAAAUUUUAUUUUUAAUUUA